AUGUCCCCACUAUUGAAGGAAUAUUUGAACAAGAAAGUUGUCCUAGUGACGACGAGUGGAGAAUGUUUUAUAGCGACGUUGGAAGGGUUUGAUAAAAGUACCAAUUUGGUAGUAUCUAACUUAACAAAUCGAUUCAUUGAUGAUGAUAACACAGAGAGCAAUAUAUUGAGCCAUGUACAAUUAAUGCGAGGAAGUGAAAUAGUAGCAUGUGGACUAUAUGAACCCACAGACCAAGAGACAGCAGGAGAAAGUCGAUAUAUUGUUAAAGCACCAACGAUACAUGAUACUAAGAAUAGAGUCAAAGAUGAACAUUUAGUGUGGAUGAAAGUAGCAGAAGAAAAAGUACAUUCUACGACAAAGAGACGAAAAUUGACCAAAUAA